AUGGUGAAUUUUCCAGGGCACAGUCUGUCUGGUGUGGUCGCCUCCUUCUUCUUCAUCCUGCUGACCAUGAAGCAGUCAGAUGACUUUAGGGUGGUUGGUCCUGCCCGUCCUGUCCUGGCCAGGCUAGGGGAGGACGCCCUGCUCACCUGUCAGGUCCUGCCCAGGAGGACGGCCACGCACAUGGAAGUGCGGUGGUACCGCGCGGAGCCCGGCGCGCCGGUGUUUGCGCACCGGGACGGGGCCGCGGUGCCCGAGAUGCAGGCGGAGGAGUACAGGGGCCGGGUGGAGUGGACAGAGGACGACGUUGCUGAGGGACGUGUGGCCCUGAAGAUACGCAACAUCCAACCAUCUGACGAUGGACAAUACUGGUGCCACUUCCAGGAGGGAAACUGUGGUGGAGAAACAAGCUUGCUCCUCAAAGUGGCAGGUCUGGGCUCUGCCCCUGACAUCCACAUGGAGGAAUCUGUGGGAAGCGGAGUCCAGCUUGUGUGCACAGCAAAGGGCUGGUUCCCAGAGCCCCAGGUUUACUGGGAAGACACCUGGGGAGAGAAGUUGCUGACUGUGUCUGAGCGUCACAUCCAAGAGGAAGACGGCCUGUUCUACGUGGAAGACACACUUGUGGUCAGGAAUGUCUCUGCAGAGACCGUGUCCUGCGUCAUCCACAACCCCAUC